AUGUUAAAAUCCGUUUCUAUAAGAAUAAUUAUCAUGAAGGUUCUAUGUUUGUUGGUUUUAAUGGCGGUAUUUACUGCCACUGAUGCAUAUUACAGAGAAGCUGAACGAGAUUUGAAUAUGAAUGGACCAAGACCAGUAUUUAAAGGGUUAGAUUCACUUUGUAAAAAGUAUACCCAAAAGCCGUAUCAUAACCCAAUCUUCGUUGAUCUUCGUCAGUUAUGCAAGAAAUUCUACGAAUUGAGAGGCAAGAGACAAGAGGAGGAAGAAGAGGAACGUGGAAGUGCUGUAAGAGAAUUGCAGGAACCUCUUUGGAAAUAGAUUAAUCGGAAAUUGAUUAAUCGGAAAAUGGUUAACCUUGAUUGUUCGAUUUAGCCAUUGUUUUUUUAUGGCUGUUUAAUAAAAAUGGAAUUGGGACGACGUAUUUUUUUUUUUCUUGCACCUGAAUGUUUUAGCUGCUUGCUCACAUUUCGGCGGCUUAAUGACCGAGAAACAACCAAUUCUAGUGUCUUAAAGAGAUAGGGUUAAUUUGGGUCUUCAAUAUGUAAAGUCUUCAGAAGUGAUAAAAAUUUACGAAAAUUG